CUAGUACGCAGUGUGAUAGGUCUUGCAAAUCCUCGCUCCCGCAUUUGCCGGGUGAGCAGCCGGCGCGUCAUCGAUUAUUUUCGGCCCGCUCGGCCGUGACGGAAAGCCUUCUUGUCAAAUUCCGGCUUCCACCUCCUUGGACCCGUCAACGCGCCUUUCGUUGCGCUCACCAUGACGAACACUCCGUUCUGGCUCGGAGGCGUUGCUGCGUCCUUGGCCACGUCCAUCACGCAUCCGCUGGACUUUGCCAAAGUGAGAAUGCAGACGAUAGAGACUGCGCCGGGGGUGCAGAAGCCUUCUAUUAUAUCGGUAUUACGUGCUUCCAUCCACGAGUCCGGUAUCCGCAGCGUCUACACGGGCCUCACGGCAGCCUGGUUGCGGCAAAUGAGCUAUACGCUCGUGCGGAUAGGCACAUACGAGGAGCUCAAGACCCGCAUCUCCCACAACGGCCCGCCCUCGGCCCUGCAGCUCCUCACAGCCGCGAGUCUGGCCGGUGCGCUCGGGGGAAUCGCAGGCAAUCCCGCUGGUGCGUUUGCGCCCCAACCGGGGAUAACUUCUGCCGUCAUGGAGCACCGAAUCAUCAUCGUUCCAGAUAUCGUUCUGGCACGGGCCGUGCUGAUGAACGCCUCACAAGUUGGAUCUUAUGAUUUCAUCAAAUCCAGCUUGCUGAGGCACUCCGCGACACUGUUCGACUAUCAGCUGAAAGAUAAUCUGCUUUUGCACGUUAUCUCCAGCCUUUCGGCAGGAGCUGUGGCCACCACCGUCUGCUCUCCGCCAGAUGUGAUGAGGACGCGGAUUAUGUCGCAAAACUCUAAAGCCUCGUUUCUGCAUGUUCUGACUACUUCGAUCCGAGAAGAGGGCCCGAGAGUGCUCUUCAAGGGCUGGACACCCGCCUUCAUCCGCCUUGGACCACAGACUGUGCUCAUGUUUGUGUUCUUCGAGGUAAUGUCCGGCGCGACCCUCGUGUAUGCUGCUGACGAUGUUGGGCCAGCAACUCAAAAAGGCAUGGAUCAAUCUACACAGCUGAUAGACUAGAUGCACACCUAUAUACCAGAUCUAGAUUAUCUAUACAUAGAUGUCAAAUCAGUGUAUUAUUGUAUCAUUUGUACAACACGCUAAUUUCCACUAGAAACCUACUUCAAAGAGGCCAA